AUGUUUAAAAAAAUCACUGUGAGCUCUAGCUUAUGCAAAGGUGCAAUCCAGAGGAACUUGGUAGAAAGUUUCAGAAAUUCUGAUUGCUUCAGAUCCCCAGAGGCACAAGUAGAAAAGACGUAUCUGUACAAGAAUGAAAUUCAUGCCCUAGAUAAGCAAACAUUUAAAGGACUCAUAUCCUUGGAACAGCUGUAUAUACAUUUCAACCAAAUAGAAACGCUACAGCCAGAGACAUUUGGAGACCUUCUGAAAUUAGAGCGACUGUUUUUGCAUAACAACAAAUUAUCUAAAAUCCCGGCUGGGAGCUUCUCUCAUCUGGAUUCAUUAAAGAGACUGCGUCUGGAUUCCAAUGCUCUAGUUUGUGACUGUGAUUUAAUGUGGCUGGGGGAACUUAUGCAAGGCUAUGCCCGAAAUGGCCAAACUCAGGCUGCUGCUACAUGUGAAUAUCCCAGAAGGCUCCAGGGACGCUCCAUCGCUUCGUUACCAGUAGAGGAAUUUAACUGUGAGAGUCCUCGAAUUACUUUUGAGCCCCAAGAUGUGGAAGUAACAUCAGGGAAUACUGUCUACUUUACUUGCCGGGCUGAAGGAAACCCCAAACCAAAGAUUAUUUGGAUACAUAACAACCACUCAUUGGAUUUGGAAGAUGAUACUCGACUUAACUUGUUUGAUGAUGGGACACUCAUGAUACGAAACACUCGUGAGUCAGACCAAGGUGAAUAUCAGUGUAUGGCCAGAAACUCAGCUGGGGAGGUCAAGACACAGAAUGCCAUGCUCAGAUACUCCAGUCCUCCAGCCAAGCCUAGUUUUAUAAUCCAGCCCCAGGACACAGAGGUUUUAAUUGGCACCAGCACAACUUUGGAAUGUAUGGCCACAGGCCACCCACACCCCCAUGUUACUUGGACUAGGGGCAGUGGAGAGGCCCUGGAUGGAUCCAGGCACCUGGCUACUUCUGGAGGACUAUACUUGCAGAAUGUCACCCUGCAGGAUCAUGGUCAAUUUACCUGUCACGCCGACAAUAAUGAAGGCUCUGUUCAAGCUACAGCAAACAUAAUUGUACAAGCUCCUCCGCAAUUCACAAUAACCCCCCGGGAUCAAGUGGUGCUAGAAGGACAUACUGUAGAAUUUCUCUGUGAAGCUGAAGGGAACCCACCUCCAGUAAUUGCCUGGACCAAAGCAGGAGGGCAACUCCCUCAGGAAGGUCUGCAUACAGUUCUCUCCUCUGGAACUUUGAGAAUUGACCAUGCAGCACAUCAUGACCAAGGCCAAUAUGAAUGUCAGGCAGUAAGUCCAUUGGGAGUGAAAAAAGCGUCUGUCCAGCUGACUGUAAAACCCAAAGUGUAUGAGAUCAUUCCUAACUUCAAAGUCUGUUUGAUACUUUUAAUCAUGGAAUUGAUUUUCAAAGCAAUACAGGGUAGACAAGCUGGCGAUGACUUUGUUGAAUCAUCCAUUCUUGAUGCUGUACAGAGGGUUGACAGUGCAAUUAACUCCACACGAAGACAUUUGUUUUCACAGAAACCUCGCACCCCUAGUGAUCUGCUGGCUCAGUUUCAUUAUCCGUAUGACCCGUUUACUGUGGAGACAGCAAGAGCUGGAGAGAUUUUUGAGCACACAUUUCUGCUGAUCCAGGAACACGUGAAGCAGGGGCUCACUGUUGAUUUGGAGGGCAGAGAGUUCCGCUACAAUGACUUGGUGUCCCCGCACUACCUCAGCCUCAUAGCCAAUUUAUCUGGAUGUACAGCCCACAGGCAGGUGCCCAACUGCUCUGACAUGUGUUUCCAUCAGAAGUACCGAGCCCAGGACGGAACGUGCAACAACCUGCAGCACCCCAUGUGGGGUGCAUCCCUGACCGCCUUUGAGCGCAUCCUGAAGCCUGCCUACGAGAACGGCUUCAACCUGCCGCGUGGGGUCAGCCGUCCGGCCCUGUCAGGCCGGUAUCCCCUCCCACCACCCAGGCUGGUCUCCACAGAGCUGGCAGCCACGGCCACAGUCACCCCUGACCAUAGAUACACACACAUGCUCAUGCAGUGGGGCCAAUUUUUAGACCACGAUCUGGACCACACAGUGCCUGCAUUGAGCACGUCUCGCUUCUCUGAUGGGCGGCCGUGUAGCUCGGUGUGUACCAAUGAUCCUCCUUGCUUCCCCAUCAUCAUUCCUGACACUGACCCCCGAGGGACCCGAGCACCGUGCAUGUUCUUUGCACGCUCCAGCCCCGUGUGUGGCAGUGGCAUGACCUCCUUGGUGAUGAAUUCAGUCUACGCGAGAGAACAGAUUAACCAACUCACAGCCUAUAUAGAUGCCUCUAAUGUCUAUGGGAGCUCGGAGAGGGAAUCCCAAGUUCUCCGAGACUACUCAGAGCCUCGGGGACUCCUGAGGACAGGCUUGCCGUGGGUGCCGUCCGGAAAGCCCUUACUGCCCUUUUCUGCGGGCCCACCCACUGAGUGCACAGGGUGGGAGCAGGGUAGCCGCAGCCCCUGUUUCCUGGCUGGGGACCACAGGGCCAAUGAGCAGCUGGCCCUCACAGCCAUGCACACCUUGUGGUUUCGGGAACACAACAGGGUCGCCAUGGAGCUGUCUGCCCUGAACCCCCACUGGGAUGGAGACACCCUUUAUCAUGAAGCCAGGAAGAUUGUGGGUGCUCAGUUGCAGCACAUCACCUACAGCCACUGGCUGCCCAAGAUUCUGGGGGAAUCUGGCAUGAAGAUGCUGCGGGAUUACCAGGGCUACAACCCCAAUGUGAAUGCAGGGAUCAUUAACUCUUUUGCUACUGCAGCCUUCAGAUUUGGUCACACGUUAAUCAAUCCUAUUCUUUACCGACUGAAUGACACCUUCGGAGAAAUCCCUGAAGGCCACCUUCCACUCCAUAAAGCUUUCUUUUCACCCUCCAGAAUAAUCGAGGAAGGUGGGAUAGAUCCACUCCUUCGGGGGCUAUUUGGUGUGGCCGCUAAACUGCGGGUGCCCUCCCAACUGCUCAGUUUAGAGCUGACUGAGAAGCUGUUCUCCACCGCCCACUCUGUGGCCCUGGAUUUGGCUGCCACCAACAUUCAAAGGGGGCGAGACCACGGGAUCCCUCCCUAUGCUGACUUCAGAGUUUUCUGCAAUUUGACUUCUGUUGAAAAUUUUGAGGAUCUUCAAAACGAGAUUAAAGAUUCAGAGAUUCGACAAAAACUGAAAAAGUUGUAUGGCUCACCAGGCGACAUUGACUUCUGGCCCGCCCUCAUGGUUGAAGACCUGAUCCCUGGUACGAGAGUGGGGCCAACACUUAUGUGCCUGUUUGUUACCCAGUUUCAGCGGCUAAGAGAUGGAGAUAGGUUCUGGUAUGAGAACCCCGGGGUGUUCACUCCCGCACAGCUCACUCAGCUGAAGCAGGCGUCACUGGGCCGCGUGCUCUGUGACAAUGGUGACAACAUCCAGCAAGUCCAGGCCGAUGUCUUCGUGAAGGCACAAUACCCUCAGGAUUACCUGAGCUGCAGUGAGAUACCUCAGGUCGAUCUGCGAGUGUGGCAAGACUGCUGUGAAGACUGUAGGAGUAGAGGCCAGUUCAGAGCAUUCACACAAGAAUCUCGAGAGAAACGCUCUGCUCAAUACAGCUAUGCUGAUGAGGAAGAUAAGGACUUAAGUGAUCUAAUCAGUAGGCAACAAGAUCACUUGUAUAUUGAUGAAGAUGGUAGAAACGUGACACUUCUGGCAAAAGCAAAUUUUGCCCAAGAUUUCAGCAAUUUUGCAGUGGAAAUUCAAAAAACCAUCAAAGCUCUCAGAGAACAGAUAAACAAGCUGGAGGCACGCCUCAGGCAGGCGGGAUGCACAGAUGAUAAAGGGAUUCGAAGAAAAGACAAUGAACACUGGAUGAAAGAAGACUGCAUUAGCUGUAUGUGUAAGAGUGGCCAGGUCACCUGUAUGGUGAAGACUUGUCCUACGGCUCCAUGUCCCAGUCUUGAAUUGGUGAAAGGAACCUGCUGUCCAGUUUGCAGAGACCCGGGAAUGCCAGCUGAUUCCCCAGAGAACCGCUAAGCAAUUUACUGCUCUUGAGCCCUGAAUAGGGAAUUUCUCAGGAAAAGGCAGUCAGGCACUUUUAUUUAACCUGUGGUCACACUCCUGGCACAGAAAUCACUGCUCUAAAACAAAUUAGCUCAUUUAACCCUUCAACAUACUGAUGAUCUUGCAUCUUUUCAUUUUCUAACAUAUCUUGAAGUAAUGCAAAAUUAAUGUCUAUAAAGAAGAUAGGGAUUACUUUAUUGUGAGAAAUAUUUCUUAUUGUAAGCUACCAGUUUUACAUACUGUACAGGGAAAUAAAAAGAAUUUCAUGCAAUAUUUUUUUAAAAAUCUGAGUAUUGUGGAAAAUCUCUCAUUUCAAAAUUCAGAGAGAUUAUAUGAUCUCCAGGAAUUUUGAGAGAAUGGGUUUUGCACUCAGAGAAAACAUCUGGAAAGAUCUGUGAUAACUUUGGCACAUGUAAUACAUGCUGCUUCCCUCACUCCGUCUCUCACAUCUAGAACUUAGAUAAUGGCCAGAUAUUUCUGGAAAGGCACUUACCUUAACCAUCAGUAGGCUCUAACUUCUAGAACAUUAGGGAAAAGUGAGUGAAAGUAUCAUUAUUUGGAGGAGCUUGCCAUUUUUACAUUUGGCUAGAAAAUACAAACACUAUGAGGGGAAGAUCCUUCAAAGGAGCCUUGCUCAAUCUUUGCCUUUCCAUCACUUGUCAUUAUUAUCACCAGUGAGAUGUCGAAAUUGAAAUUUAUCAAGUCUGAACAAUUCAGGAACAAGCUGAGUUUACUAUCAGAAAAAUUGGAAAUGUUUUUGACUUUAACAAAAGGUGUUGCUAUGAGGUUUCUUCUAAUUUUGGCACUCUGUUAUAGCAUUUAAAAUACAAUCCAAUAGACAAUAGGUUAGCUAUAUUCAGAAUUGAAUAUUUAGUAAAUUAGGUGAGUUUCACUUAAUAAAUUCUUUUAAACUAUGGUGCAGCCACAGUAUUUGGGGUUGGUUGCAGUUGUUGGUAGAUUUGUUUAAGAAAUUCUUUGUUCCAGGACUUUUGAGGAGAGACUUCAUGUAGUGUCCUGCCCAGAGGGGCUCUCAGGGUGAUAACUCUACUGUUUUCCAAUUACAAAAUAAACAUUUAUCAUCAGGCACAAAAUCUCCCAAUAUUUAGAAGUAAUAUGUAAAAUACAAUAUUCAUUGUAGUGAAAAUAUUUUCAUGGUUUUAAUAUUAUGAGUGAGGAAAGAUGUUUUCGGAGUUUGAUAAUACAGGUCAUUAUUUUAAAAAUGUAUUGGUGAUUCCCUCCCAAGAUACAAAAUAAUUUUUUACUAAAAAGUUUAAGGACAAAACUAUAUGUCCUAAAAGUUUGAUGUUUGUUGCAUUUUUAAGUCCAAAAUAAUUUCUAAUUAUAUUUCAUUUUGAAAGACAAAAUGUAACAAGUCCCAAAAGCUUGACAUUUGUUGGCCUUUCAAAACCCGACAAAGUGAAAUGAAGCUAAACCUCAUGGAAGUAUAAUUAGUUCCUCUGGAACUACAGUAAACAUAUUGCAAAUUACAAUAACACAUGUAAUAGUUUAGGUUUCUCAUCAUGUUCAUUUGUCAUUUUAUCAUUUUAUUAAAGUUUAAGCAAGACCUGUAUGAUAUCUCAUAUGAUUUUUUUAUACAUAACCACAUGUUAAUUUGGAUGCCACCUGGUCAGUAUGUUUGGCUUGUUAAACAUAAGCAAAUAUCAAAAUAACAGAAUGAAAUUAUCACUUAAAAUGGAACAUGGGGAUUUAAAAACUUGUCUGUCAACUGACAAUUUGAAAAUUCAGUAACCUUUACAAAUAUGGUUAUAAUAUCAUCAUACAGAUUACCUUUUGCUUUAUUCAUUUUACUUGUAUUUCAUUUAUUUGACUGUGUUUUUAAAAAUGUUUCAUUUUUGAAAGUAAUAUUGUGUAUAAUAAAAAUUUCAAGUAUUUCCCAAGGAUAUAUAAACCUUUGUAUUCCAUUUCUGCAGUCCAAAGGUGAAUGUUAUUUUCAGUUUGUAUGUGUGUGUCUGUGUGUGUGUGUAUUCCUCUAUACAGUUUCUAUGCAACACAAAUAUGAUGAUGUUUCUUCCUUGUGAUUUUGUUUAUUCCAAAGAACCUUAAAACAUUGAAAAUCCAAAUGUAUUUGUUAACAAUAUUUGAUAUAUUAUAUUCUGCCAUGAAAUUUGCUUGAGGUAAAAUUUAAUGUUUUUUACAUGUGAUACUUUUCUGAUCUGGGGCAAAGGAAGUAUCCAUGAGGAGGUAUACACAAAGAAGAUGAAAGCAUUCUUGGGCUCACUCUUUUCCUGAUUUCGUCUGCUAAAGAAAGGCAAAGAUUUUUAGCCAGGAUGUAUGAUUAUGUGAAAAGGUAGAAAAAUAGCUCCUUUCUUUCAGGGGCUCUUUUUUUUUUUUUAAAUUUAUUUAUUUUUUUCUUUCAGGGGCUCUUUAAUGUCUACUUUGUACCUCCUAUACAUAAGUGGCCACACUGCACACAGAGCUACAUGACAUGUAGUUGAAGGGAUAUAGACAGCUUUUAUUUGAGACUGGAGAUUAAAAAUAGAGCAUUUACCUGACAAAUAGUCUUUAAUGCUCACAGAAGGCAAAUAACAAUGUUUAAGACAGAUUUUUUAUGUUGACCUGUUUAUUUUCUAGAUCUGUAUGUUAUGGGGGCAGAGGUAGGAAAAUUUGUUGGGAAUUUUGGUAAGGAUUUUUUUGUUUGUUUAAUUGUGAAAUGAUGUUAAAAUAGAUUUACUGAACUGUAAUUACUACAAAUACCCCAUUGCCCAAUGUCAUGUUUAAUGCAUUUUCAUUUGCAAAUAAAAUAUAGUUUAUUAGUAAGUUAAA